GUCACUGAGGAACUACAGACGUUCCGUGCAACAAUCAGACAGAAAGCAGCAGGACUGAGAGACGUGAUCGAGGCAGUCCUGCAGUUUCUUGACUUUGGUUUUCAUUUCAGAAUGAACAUCCACCAUGUUGUGUUCUUCUGCUUCUCAUCAGCAGCAGUGAUCAAUGGAAACGCAGCCCCCGUCGAUUAUCAUACAAAACUGGAAGGCCUAGAUUUCAUAAAUCAAUAUAACCUUAACGUGCAGCCAGGAAGCAGCAUAUAUCUCUGUAGGAACGACUGCAGGAGGGAAGACAUCCUCGUAGAAACACAAGGGAAACUAACGCAGAAGGACAGAUACAGAAUUAGAUACGACAAAAUUGACAAAAAAGUGCACGUCGUCAUCGCAGAUCUGAACCCGUCUGACACGGGAAGCUACAAAGUUGGUGUGGGAGAAUUUUCCUCCUUCAGUUCAUACAAGGAGUUUGAGAUCAACGUUCGAGCUCGAUGUGAGAAAGUGAUCUAUGGAGAGCAGAGAGUCUACAGAGGCAGUGUUGGAGGAAACAUCACAAUCCAGUGCUCCUUGUCUGCACAUUCUUUAAACAGGAAGUUCCUCUGUCGGGACACAUGCCACAACAUUCUCAUUGAAACCACUGCUGAGAGAGCCAUUAGCAACAAAUAUGAAAUCACAUAUGGGAACAACGGGCUCUUUAAUGUGACCAUCACACAGCUGAACUUGUUGGACUCGGGACGCUACAGUUGCGGCGUGGGACGACAGUUUCAAACAAAUCAGUGUCAGGUGUUCGAGAUCGCUGUUACAGGUGGCGGCGCCUUGCGUCCGCUCAUCUGUCUGACUGCGGUCGUGCUGUUGUUCGUUUGCGUGCUGCUCCUCUACAAACGGAGGAUCAGAAGUGUUGAGUAUGGAAACACCAGGGAAAGUGAAGGAAACCCGGAGACUUCCGUCUACGACGACUGUGCUCCCGUCUCCACAUAUGAAGUAUCAGCCUACUGGGAGCUUGAGCCUCAGAGCAGGGAUCACACCCUGUACUGCACACUGGAGAUGCUGCCGUAUGUGGAUGUUCUACCCUCACAAGAACGAGCUUAAAGUUCAGCCGACACAGAAUAAAAUGAAGCAGUUCAUGUUAA